CGCAUUCACCUUCACCCGCAGAUUUUCUACGAAGAAAAGGACGCGUAUAAUUUCAGAAGCAUUUUCAGAGUCCACAAGCUUUUUUUAAAAGAUGCAGAUCUUUGUCAAAACCCUCACUGGUAAGACCAUCACCCUUGAGGUUGAGCCAAGCGACACAAUUGAGAACGUCAAGGCUAAGAUCCAGGACAAAGAAGGCAUUCCCCCUGACCAGCAGAGGUUGAUCUUUGCCGGCAAACAGCUGGAAGAUGGCCGCACAUUGUCUGACUACAACAUCCAGAAAGAGUCCACUUUGCAUCUUGUGCUGCGUCUCAGGGGAGGCAUGCAGAUCUUCGUCAAGACCUUGACAGGCAAGACCAUCACCCUUGAGGUUGAGCCAAGUGACACCAUUGAGAACGUCAAGGCUAAGAUCCAGGAUAAAGAAGGUAUUCCCCCUGACCAGCAGAGGUUGAUCUUUGCCGGCAAACAGCUGGAAGAUGGUCGCACAUUGUCUGACUACAACAUCCAAAAAGAGUCCACCUUGCAUCUGGUGUUGCGUCUCAGGGGAGGUUCAGAUAUUUAAACUGACAAUAUCAGGGAUGGACAUUUGAUUAUUUCAGUAUCCCCUGCUCAUGCACUCACCACUUUUCUCCCCUCUUCUCUCCAUACUUUAUUACUGAAUCCCAUUACAUUUUA